AUGAUUCUCCCACCAAGUCCUGCGCUACAAUCACCUUCUGAGAGACAUCGCAUGAGUUGGAAAGGAGUUCUGAAUUAUGUUGUUAAGAGAAUUGGAAGUGUAUGGUGCUAUUAUUACACAUGUCGG